AUGCUGUCCGGUAAAAUUUUCGAAAGUGCGUGCGACAGAGUGAACAUGAUCGGUCUAAGCAAGGUGGGAGUGAGACAGCUGACUAAGUGGAAGGAAUAUCGGACGUUCGCCCGGCUGAAGUACCAUUCCGGGGUGGGAGUGUUCGGACAUCGACCGCGCGAUGCCGUCGAAACCGAUGUGGCGGAGGAUGUAUUAGUGAGACGGUACGAGAACUGCCGGGCGCAACAACUUGUUAAUGCUUACCGAACUUACGGCCAUCUGAAAGCCUCCAUUGAUAAUGUUGAUUAUAAAAAUGAUAAAAGAAACGUCAAAGAGCUACAGUUAGCACGGUACGGUCUCACCGCGGAAGAUCGCGUGGACCUUGGACUUUUAUACGGUUACGAUGGCAAGCAACCGGCACAGAAUCUCGUGCACCAAUUGGAGCAGACCUACUGCGGGCCAAUAUCAUACGAGUUUUCGUAUUUGGAGACUGCAGAAGAAAGGGAAUGGUUCCCUCAGCGCGUAGAAGGCUGUUCAGAUCCUGUCGAAAGCGAUCGUAGAGUAGAAAUCCUGAAGGAACUCCUGCACUCUCAAGCUUGGGACAACUUUCUUAGUGUGAAAUAUCCCACCGUGAAGCGUUACUGCGGAGAAGGCGCCGAAACGCUCCUAACAUUCUUCUCAACUUUAUUUGGCCUUACAACCUCAGAGGGACUUCAGCAGGUUGUACUCGGAAUGGCGCAUAGAGGCAAACUAAACCUCCUCAGCGGCCUCUUGAAAUGUCCACCCGUCAAAAUAUUCCACAAGUUCAGCGGCAUGCCGGAGUUUCCGCUGGAAGCUAACGCCGCUUGCGAUAUCUCAACCCAUCUAAGUGCAUCAGCUGAUAUCACGGUUAACGGAAAGACAGUUCGUUUCUCACUGCUCAACAAUCCUUCACACUUGGAGGCAGCUAAUCCGGUAUCUAUGGGCAAAACGAGAUCGAAACAGUUGCAGUUAAAAGAAGGCGACUACUCUCCUGAUGGAUCCUCAAGAAUGGGUGACAAAGUCCUGAACGUUCAGAUUCACGGUGAUGCCGCUUUCACAGGUCAAGGGAUAAACCAAGAGACGCUCAUGCUAUCGCAAGCACCGCAUUUCGACGUGGGCGGUUCUUUACAUGUAGUUGUUAACAAUCAGGUCGGCUUCACACUUCCCGCCCAACGUGGCCGCUCCUGCAGGUACGUGACGGAUCUGGCGAAAGCAAUUUCCGUGCCAGUGAUCCACGUGAAUGGCGACCACCCCGAGCUAGUCGUCAAAGCGACGAACAUCGCGUUUGAAUAUCAAAGGCGUUUCCGCAAAGACGUAUUCAUUGACUACAACUGCUACAGACGAUGGGGUCACAACGAGCUGGACGAUCCCACCUUCACCAAUCCGCUUCUGUACAAAGUAAUACACAAUCGAAAAUCAAUACCGGAUUUGUACGCCGAAAGGCUGAUUGCGGCGGGCCUGCUGACAGAACACGAUGUGAAUACGAUAUCCAAGAAGUACACAGAGUAUCUGCAGAGGCAAUUCGAAUCCGUCAGCUCUUACCGACCUGAGGUUACGUACUACCAAGAACAGUGGGCUGGCAUGAAAGCCGCCCCUACAGCUGUGGAGACUUGGGAUACGGGAGUCAACACAGAGCUAUUAAGACAAGUUGGGAUCGCCUCCGUAUCAGCUCCCCCAGGCUUUAACGUCCAUUCACAUCUGGCUAAGACACAUGUCAAAAAUCGACUGAACAAACUGUCCAACGGGAGGGAACUGGACUGGGCCACUGCUGAGGCCUUGGCCUUCGGAUCCUUGCUUAUGGAGGGUCGGCACGUGCGGUUGAGCGGCGAAGACGUGGGCCGGGGCACCUUCUCGCAUCGGCACGUUAUGCUGGUCGAUCAGGAGACUGAGAAGAUUCACAUCCCUCUAAAUUACAUCCACGAGGACCAGAAAGGUUAUCUAGAGGUCGUGAACUCCAUACUGUCGGAGGAAGCGGUUCUUGGCUUUGAAUACGGCAUGGCUUACGAUUCGCCGGACAACCUCUGCAUAUGGGAGGCUCAGUUCGGAGACUUCUAUAAUGGAGCGCAGAUUAUUGUUGACACGUACAUCGCUUCGGGUGAAGCGAAAUGGGUCCGCAGCAACGGUCUGGUGAUGCUUCUGCCGCACGGCUACGACGGCGCCGCGUCAGAACACUCCUCCUGCAGAAUGGAGAGGUUCCUGCAGCUUACGGACAGCCGGGAAGCUGCACCUGACUCGGAAGCAGUGUGCAUGCACGUGGCGAACCCGACCACGCCCGCGCAGUAUUUCCAUUUACUGAGAAGACAGGUGGUUCGAAACUACAGGAAGCCUCUCGUAGUCGUGUCGCCAAAAUUGUUGUUGCGUUUAGCGGACGCCGUCUCUCCAAUGUCGGAAUUCGCGCCAGGCACACAUUUCAAACCAGUCAUCGGUGAUAACUUAGCGGAGCCAUUGAAAGUUAAACGAGUGAUAUUAGUGAGUGGGAAGCAUUAUUACGAGCUCAAUAAAGAGAGAGUGAGAGGGAAAAUCGAAGAUGUGGCAAUCGUUCGGGUUGAAGCACUCAGUCCAUUUCCGCUGUACGCUCUGCAGAAAGAGCUCAAUAGAUACACUAAUGCUAGAAAAUUUAUCUGGAGUCAAGAGGAACAUAGGAACAUGGGUGCGUGGACAUUUGUAAAACCGCGGUUUGAAAACCUCCUCGGGAGAAAGUUGACGUACGCCGGGUCGUGCAGAGGCACCGACACCCGCAGUCGGCGCAGCGACAUUGCAUCGGGUCGAAGUAGAACACGUGCUUCGAGAGCCGCUCUACAACAUAAAAUAACUCCC